CCGGAGACGGGGGCGGCGGCCACCUGGAGAGCGAGUGUCAUGGCGGAGUGCUGACCAUCACCUUGCACAACAGUAAGAUCAUCAGGGAUUUGAGCAAACUGCAGUGGUCUGCGGAGACCAAAGGAAACUGGGGCAAGCGGUACAUGCGCACUUGUGACACUGCGCACUGCUCGUUGCAAGAUGGCGGCAAGACUGUCAAGAUACGGGUCUCUCAGGCCUCUGGCACCAUGGCGUUUGCUGUCAACUACAUCGGCCAUUACUUACUGCCACCUGAUUGGGGGAACCACCCCGAGGAGGUCACGUGCGGGAACAAGCGUCACGUGCCAGAUCACGUGAUGUCUAGGCGUGGCGUGGGAGAUAUCACCAUGACAGGGACGUGCUCCACGUCACAGAACAUGCGCAUUGUCGUGGAUAUGGGGAAAGACGCAUUUCCGGGAUUAAAUAAGUUCCAGUACGCACUAGAGUCUCAAUCCACCUGGGUGUCAGGCUGGGUGCCGCCCAUGCGCACCUGUGACGCCUCCCACUGUCACCGACAGGGCAACACUGUGGUCAUCUCGGCCAAGGCGCCUGCGCAGGACUACAAACUAGCAGUCAACGUGAUCGGCCUGACGACGUUCCCACGCACCUACUGGCUUGACCGACCCUAUACAGGCCGCUGUGACGGCUCCAGCGUGGGUGAUGGGAGCAGCUCCUCUAGCUCUGGACAGACUCAUACCACGAGCAGUGGGGGAGGGGCUCAAACCUCGGCCCCCCACACUGUGGCCACCACACAUCAGACGUUCACCGCCAUGCCCACAGGUGACUUCUCCCAGCCCAACAAAAAGUUCAUUCUCGAACUGAACGAGCCGGGUUCGGACCUCCCCGACCAGACACGAAAGUUCAUCUUGUACUUCUCCUCCCCCGUGGUAGCGCGACUGACCUCUAGCUCUGACGAGCUGCAGUUCGAACCCCAGGGCGGAGGAAAAUUCACGGGUCUACUUCAGCUUGCUUACGCAGGGUCGUCCAAACGCGGGGACCGUCAGUGGGUGAACUUCUUUGACGCCUACGCCGGUGUUUACGCCAACUACCCGUCCGUAAAGUACUGCGUCAGCGGCUCAGCGGGGAAAAGUUACGUCUCUUUCGACUGGAAUCCGGCAGACGUUUCUGGGGACACGACACGUGACGGGAAACUGUUGAUGGUGGCCAUGCCGCACCACGUGAGUUCUUACAGUUACCCUCCUACCUGCUCUAACGGCCACUGUAUGAGACAAUCAUCUGUACCAAAGACCACCUGUUCCUACUGCGCCCACACAGACAGCUACAACGGCGGGAAAGCGCUGGGCAUGUCCACUCGACUGGCCAGCAUCUCGCGCGCCUUCGGCACUGACCACCACCACAAGACCGACACCUCCAUCAAGAACUGUUUGGAGAAAUGGCUCCGGGUUCAAGACAGCCUUGACAACAUGUGGAAGUUCCACUACGACACAGUGUGGGGCGGGCUGUACCUCCGGGCCACCAGCUCCCAGACCGUGGAUUGGGGCGUGGACUACGGCUUCCCCUACUACAACGACCAUCAUUUCCACCUGGGUUACUACCUGUAUGCGCUGGCCUACAUCGCCAAACACUACCCAGACUGGGCAAAAGCCCCACCCCCAUCUCUCCAGGGCUGGCAAGCGUUCUGCUACAUGGCUAUGUCUCCGAUGGACAGUUCCCACAAGACAAGGGCCGCUAACUACGUCAAAGGGAAGACACCCCAGCAGUUGGUGGGCGGCACCGGUGCUGCAAGUUCUCUCCUCUUCAUCUACGCCAGCACCUAAUUGUGGUUAAUCCCCCUGUGAUUAUGGUUAAUCAUACAGUGAAUGAAGUGCUUUAUUGGAUGAAAACACGCUGUGGGGCAGACAUUUUUGACAGGCAGACACUUGUUAGCAGGUAGACAUUUGUUAGCAGCAGACAUUUGCGACCGACACACAUUUAUGACCCACAGUUGUGGCAGACAUUAAUAGUAGACAUUUGUGGCAGACGUAUGUGGCAGACAUUUGUAAUAAACAUUAGUCACAGACAUUUGUGGCAGACACUUGUGACAGACACCUGUGACAGACAUUUGUGAGAGAUAUCAAUUUUUUUUUCUGGCACACAUUUGUGACUGCAGACAAGUUUGACAGACAUUUUUGACAGACAUUUGGGGCAGCAGACAUUAAAGUAGUGGUAGGCAAAAUUUUUGGAUGAUGUUUAUGUCAGACAGACAUUUGUGAAAGACAGCCAUUAAAUUUUUUGUUACAGUGUAUUGUUGCAGGCAAACUUUUGUAGCAGACAAACAUUUGUGACAGGCAAAGAAUUGUGAUAUUCAUUCAUUGUGGUAGAUAUUUAACAUUUGUGAUAGACUUUUGUGGCAGACAUUUGAAAGUUAGAACAGACAUUUGUGGCAGACAUUUGUAACAGACAUUUGUUGCAGACAUUUGACAUUUAUGACAGACAUUUUUGACGUGAGACGUCCAGAGACGUUAUCUCAAGUAGGCCUACCAUACGUUGGGUUUCCAUAACUAUUUAUUCUGUUGUGGUUAACACACAUAAUGGAUUGAUUUUAUCGAAAAAGUUUUUGAACUGUUGAAUGCAUGCAAUAAAUCUGGAAAUGAAAA